UGUAUUCUUCGUAAACAAAGGAAAGCUUAAACCACGCUUCCAAAUCAAGCGGUGUCGAAUUUCGCUGAUUUUUGUUAAUUAAUUCGUGUUACUUAAAGUUUCCGCGUUCCAAUAACGCAAAACUCGCAGACAAUGGAAGGCUCUGUAUUGAAGGAAGCGCUGAACAUCAGCGAUUUGCUCGGCGAGCAUGGAGCCCAGUUCCAGAUCAGCACCAAGUACAAUGACCACGGCGAGGAGUUUUUCAUGGAGGACGACUAUGGCAGCGCCGAUGAGGACGAAGAUGCCCACCGGAAGAUUAUGAGCCCGUGGGAUCGGAGCUUUGACGAGUUGCGGGCGCAAAUGUUCAUGGUGUCGGAGUUUGUUUACAAGAGAAUCACCAAGCAGGGCGUUGGCGAUGAGUUGGUUCCGGAUCGGGCCCGGGUCACAAUCGAUUACAACGCGUACUUCGAGGGUGAGACCUAUGCGUUUGACUCGACUUCAAUGCGUGGGGAGUACAAAACAUUCACCAUGGGUAAAGAUGAAGUUUUGGUUGGAUUGGAGGAAGCCGUCCAGUCGAUGAAGCCCAGCGAGGAGGCCCAGUUCGUGAUUGGCUAUCAGGUGCUGUUUGGUGAGCUGGGAUGCAAACCACGAAUAAAACCGAAGGCGGACGCUUUGUUCAUUGUGAAGCUGGUCAGCUAUACGGAUCCGGGAGAUGCCGAAGCCUUGGACAACUUGACCCAGGAAGAGAAAACGUCCUAUGCCGUGGUGAAGGAGAAGGUGGCCGACACCAGGACACAUGCCAAGGAUUACUUCAAGCGAAACAUGGUGGCCAACGCGAUCAAUGAUUAUCACAAGGCGGUCAAUUAUCUGGAAGGCUGCCAUGUGAAGAACGAAGAGGAACAGAAGGAGCAAACCGAAACGUUGAUUGCGUUGUACACCAGUCUGGCCGUGUGCUAUAACAAGAAGGACAAUCCUCGUCGGGCCUGUUCGAUGAUUAACGAAAUUCGACGCCUGGGCAACAUUGACCGAAUGUCGCGAGCGCUGUUCCACGAAGGACGAGCCCUGAUGAAUCUGGGCGAUUACGAACGGGCAAAGACAAGUCUGCUGAAAGCUCAACGCCUGGAGUCCACCAACAAGGACAUCGGGAAGGAACUGAAGAUCCUGAACGAGCGAUGGGAGAAGCAUCGCCAGGAAGAGCGCGCCAUUUGUGCCAGGGCUUUCGGACUGAAGGAGCGGAAGGACGAGCGACAGACGGACGAGCAGGUCAAAUUUACCAACACGAUGAAGCAGAAUCUGGAAGAGUUUGUGGCGGAUGAGAGGAGCAAACAGUUCACGCUGCCGGAAGGACUGACCAGCAAAGAGAUGAACAUCGUGCAGGAUUUGGCCGACGAGUUUAAUGUGAAGCUGAACCUGUACAAGGAGAAUAGUAAGGAUUUUUACCGAUUGGAGAAGAAGAAGGUUGGCGGAGAGGGGGAUAAAUGAGCAAGCGUCGGAGAAUAACUUCAGGGCAAGGCAUUCAAUGGAGACCUAAUAACUGUAUUAAUAACAGAUGGAAAUAAAUGACUGUAAUCAUCAUAUACAUAUAUAAAA